GUUUGUAUGCGGAUACAUUAGUCUGAGUGCACUUUGACCUGCUAGCCUAGCCUGCUGCUUAGCUUAGCUUGUUAGCUGCUAACAAAGAGAGGCGGAAGUGAUCGACACAUCAAAGCAGAGAUCCAAUACGUCUGUGAAGAACAUCUUCUCCCUGAGCAGCAGAAGUGGAGCUUCAGGAUGGAGCCACAGCCCUCCCACAUUAAGAAGGAAGAGGAACACCCACUGAUCCCCCAUUUUAAAGAGGAAGAGGAUGACUCACUGACCACUCACAUCAAAGAGGAAGAGGAGGACACACUGAUCCCCCAUUUUAAAAAGGAAGAAGAGUACCCACUGACACCCCAUUUUAAAAAGGAAGAGGAGUACCCACUGACACCUCAUUUUAAAGAGGAACCAGUGGAUCCACUGAGCCCUCACAUUAAGGAGGAGGAGGAGGAUCCACUGAGCCCUCACAUUAAAGAGGAAAACCCACUGAGCCCUCACAUUAAAGAGGAAGAGGAGGAACACAGCAUCAGUCAGCAGGGAGAGCAUCUUGAAGGACUGGAGGAGGUUGAUGUCAGCAAGAUGCCAGUGACUGGUGUCCCCGUGAAGAGUGAAGAUGAUGAGGUCAAAGGUGAGAGUGAGGAGAAGAGAGAGGCGGAGCCUCCAAGCAGCAGCUCAACACAACACAUGACAACAGAAGCUGAUGGAGACCACUGUGGAGGAUCACAAGCAGACAAGAUCUUAGCUCCACUAUCAGAUAGUGAGGACACAACGUCACACUCUCCUGACACUGAUGAUGAACACUCUAAAGAUGAUAACACUGACAACACUCACUUCACAUGUUCUCUCUGUCACAAAACCUUUAAACACAAUCGUCAUCUGGUAAGACACAUGAGUACACACACUGGAGAGAAACCUUUUUCCUGCUCAGAAUGUGGUAGAGAUUUUAGACUAAAACACAUGCUGAAAGAACACAUGAUAAUACAUACUGGAGAAAAACUUUUUUCAUGUUCAAUCUGCAGUAAAGAUUUUUCUCAGAAGCACAAUUUGAAAACACACGUGAGAGUACACACUGGAGAAAAACCUUUUUCAUGUUCAAUCUGCGGUAAAGAUUUUACUCAAAGGCAACAUUUGAAAACACACAUGAGUACACACACUGGAGAAAAACCUUUUUCAUGUUCAAUCUGCCAUAAAGAUUUUAAUCAAAGACAACAUUUGAAAACACACAUGAGUACACACACAGGAGAAAAACCCUUUACAUGUUCAAUCUGCAGUAAAGAGUUUACUCAAAAGCAGUAUUUGAAAACACACAUGAGAAUACACACUGGAGAAAAACCCUUUUCCUGCUCAGAAUGUGGAAAAAGUUUUGUAACAAAUACAAAUUUAAAAUUACACAUGAGAAGACACACUGGAGGAAAACCUAUUGAUGUUCAAUCUGCAGUAAAGAUUUUGCUUUAAGGCAGUAUUUGUAAACACACAUGAGAAUACACACUGGAGAAAAACCCUUUCCUGCUCAGAAUGUAGAAAAAGUUUUGUAACAAAUACAAAUUUAUAAUAAUAAUAACAAUAAUAUAUUUUAUUUGUAAAAUGCACUUUACAUUAAGUAAACAACCUCAAAGUGCUAAAGUGUUUAAAAAAAAUAAAAAUAUAAUAAAAAAUAAAUAAAAACUAGAACAGCCAAAUAGCUAGUACUAGUAUGCAAAUAUCUAAAACAAAAAGGCUUUUUUUUAAAAAGAAGGUUUUUUAUGCCUUUUUUAAAAGCAUCCACAGUCUGUAGUGCCCUCAGGUGGUCAGAAAGCCCGGUCUCCCAUUGUUUGGAGCUUUGUCCUCGGAGGUUGGAGGAGGUUAGCCUGUCCGGAGCGGAGGUGUCGUGUGGAGGAUUUGGGGGUGAGCAGUUCUUUGAGGUAGAGGGGGGCAUUUUCAUGGAGGGACUGGUGGGUUUGUAUGGAGACUUUGAAUUCAAUCCUGAGUGGAACAGGAAGCCAGUGAAGGGAUUUGAGAAUUGGUGUGAUGUGGUUGUAUUUCCACACUCUCAUCAGGAUCCUAGCAGCACUAUUUUGUAUGUAUUGCAGCUUCUGGAUGUUCUUGCUGGGGAUCCUGACAAGAAGCUCGUUGCAGUAGUCUGGCCUGGAGGAGACAAAGGCGUGGACGAGCCUCUCGGCAUCAGAGAGAGUUUAGCAAUGUUCCUGAGGUGGUAGAAGGAGGUCUUGCGCAGUUGUUUUAUUUGAGCCUCAAAGGUCAAGUGAGGGUCCAUUCUAACACCCAGAUUAGUGAGUGAGGAUUAGAGGUGAAUGUCGUGGCCGGAGAAGGUGAUGCUGGUGAGGGUUUAUGACUGAG